CAACUUCGAAAAAAAUUAAGGUAAACAUAGCAAGAGAUUCAGUAUACGUGCAACUUUCAUAAUGAAACUUCAAAUUUUGUUUGUUUUCUUUCUUUAUGUUCAUCUAAUAAUAGCAGAAUAUGCACCUUCGGUAAGGUUGAAGAAAUAUUCUAGUCAUAAAGCCAAAUCAAUGUCAAAAGCAAUUAACGAAACUUUAUGCCAAGAGCAAUUGGAUUUCUUUUAUCAAUCCUUCUACCGAAAUGAGAUUUGGGCUCUGAACUUUUUCGAUUCGUGGUCAAAAAUCCAAUCAGGAUAUUUUUCGGGCAAUUACAUCGAUUUAGGAGAUUAUGAUCAGUGCACAAAAUUUAUAUUUCCAACGAAUGAGGUUGGAACGAUAAAGGGAAAACAAUGUUAUAUGUCAUUUGAAGCGACACCAAAGGCGACAAUAACUGAACAUGAUAACGCAAUCAAUAGCUCGUUUGAUUGGACUGUAAUUUCAAAAAUCGCUAGAUUUUUGGAUACACAUCUGAUAAAUUCAAUAUGCAUGCCCGCGUCAUGUUCAGUUGAACAGAUCAUUGAAUUUAUGAACAACGACUUUCGAUUAUUGGAAGAUUUUAUUGUCGAUGGUACUUGUACGGAAUUGGAUGAAGUUACUGGAUUACAAUCAGUUGAUAUAGCAUUGAUUUUGAUAUUCGCUGUAUCAAUCUUGUUGAUGGUUUUGAGCACAAUCUAUGAUUUAUUUAUGCAUCAAAAAUCAAAGGAUCCAAAUAAAUUACUUAUAUCAUUCUCCGUCUAUACAAAUGGCAAAAAACUGUUCGACAUGACCGAAAAUAAAUCCUCAAUCAAUUCACUUCAUGGAUUACGUGCACUGUCGAUAAUCUGGAUAAUGUUUGGACAUCGUAUUACAAAUCAGCUUGGUUUACCAUAUCGAAACAAUAAUGAAUUAUUUGAAUUUUAUCAACAAUGGUACAGCGUGAUUGUUUAUGCAUAUUCAAUUGCUGUCGAUACAUUCUUCUUAAUGGGAGCUCUUCUCCUUACUAUGUCAACAUUACGUGCUAUUGAGAAGAAUAAUUUAAAUAUUUUGAGGAUGGUAUGGCAUCGUUAUUUACGUUAUACACCUGUGCUUGGUGUUGCUGUGUUGUGUACAAUUGCAUUACCGAGAUACUGUACAUCCGGGCCUUUAGAAUUCGGUGAUUUUCGUGAAAAGUGUGUCAAUUAUUGGUGGUCUGCAUUGCUGCAUGUUCAAAAUUAUGUUAAUCCAGAUAAAUUGUGUUUAAACCACACUUGGUAUCUCUCAGUCGACUUUCAACUCUUCGUCAUUAGUCCCUUUCUAAUCUAUGGAAUUAAGAAAUAUGCCAAACUAAUGCUAAUAAUUCCGGUCUUAGUCAUUCUAUGUUCAUUUUACAUCUUCAUGAUCUCUAUUGUUUUUGAUGUUCACAAAACGCCGCGUACAUUCGAUGAAGGUGAAAUUUAUCAUAGAUGGAUUUAUCAUCCUACACAUGCCAGAAUUCAGUCAUGGCUUAUUGGGAUGGCACUUGGCUUUUUACUCCACAACAAGCGAAAUGAAAAAGUCAAAGUCAAUUGCAUUAUUGAUUCAUGUCUGCUGCUUAUAUCCCUGCUUAUAUUAACGGUAAUCAUUUUAAGUGCACAUAUUUUUUCAACACCGUACAUUAGUGGCAGUUCAUCGCUUCUGUCGAAUGCAAUUUAUAUGUCAUUGCAUCGAAUUGGAUGGGCAUUAGCACUGGCAUAUAUUAUUUUUACAUGCGAGAAUCAACGUAGAGGUUCAAUCAUUCGAUGGAUUUUAUCGCAUCCAUAUUGGAAGCCAAUUGGAACAAUGGGACUUAGCUUGUACAUUACUCAUUUGAUUUAUAUGAUGUUCACGAUGAUGAAUACGAAGCAAGUUCAAUUUUUCUCAUUUUGGACGGUUCUACACACAUUCUCGGGUGAUUUAUUCCCUUCUUUCUUGAUUGCGACUUUCUUUUAUUUGGCAUUUGAAACACCGUAUCUGCUUAUUGAGAAUUAUUUCUAUAAGAAGUUCAACAAAUCUGAAUAAAUAAUUGUUUUUCCGAUCUUGAGAUUGAGAAUUUUUUAUUGGAAAUUUAAUUUGCAGCUUAAUUAUUUUAGGUAAAGUUGGAAUGUUAGGGAUUGAAACAACUUAGUUUUUUGAUCCUAUUUGGAUAAGCUAAAGUUUGUUUGGCCUUCCCUUAAAAUGUCCUUGUCUGUAACAUGAUAAGCUAAGUUCAACACUUCACCAUUAAAAUCACCAAUGUUUAAAUCUUCUAUAGCAGUGUUUCUCAAAAUUAUUUUUGCACGGCACCCUUUUUUGCUUAAAACCUUUCGCGGCACACCUGAAUAGU